GAUCUUCCUCCCCGCCCACUAGCUAAAUUUCCGGUCAUGCUGUCCACUUUUCCGGCGACCAACAUGUCCUUUGACCCCUUUUUUUCAAACCCAUUACCGCCUUUCGAAGGCGGUUUCACUUCCUGGGAUUUCCCGGAAUCCGCCUUCGAUGAUUUCCCGGCACAACUAGACCAACAACCGGUUCUUUCACCCCUUCAAGAACCGGUUAUUUCAAACUCUGGUUCUGAGUCUGAUAACUCGAACCAGAACCCGGAUAACUCGAACUCCGGUUCUGAGGAACCAAGCCGGAAGAGAACCAGACCCGUCUCUGAGUCCGGUAUGGACGAACCAGACCCGAACCAGGCCGUUUCCCUUCCCGCCGUAGACGAGCGCAAGCGCAGGCGCAUGAUCUCGAACCGCGAGUCGGCCCGGCGGUCUCGCAUGCGAAAACAAAAACACCUGGAGAACUUGAGGAACCAAGUGAACCGGCUGCGGUUAGGGAACCGUGAACUUUUGAACCGGUUCCGGUUCGUCUCCCACCACUGCCACCUCGUCCAGUCCGACAACGAACGCCUCCGCGCCGAGUCGUCGCUGCUCCGGCAGAGACUCUGGGACAUUCGCCAGGUCCUCCUCGUCCGACAACUCCAGCACCAGCUCUCUACCUCUGCAUGGGGAUUCAAUAACAACAACAACAACAACAACGUCGAACAAAGACUACAAUCAUUAAUUACCAGAUGACCACCAAAUAAUAAUAUCAUCAUCAUUAAAAUUAUCUAUCACCCUCUUAAAACACAAGCAUUUAUAUAUGCCAUUUAUCUAUAUAUAUGAUCAGAGAACUCAUUAACCGUUCUCUUUGCCGUCGUCCCCUGUAGAUUCAAUAGACCAAACAUCCUAGCUAGCUCUUCCCUGGUUGAUUUUUAAACCACGACAAUCUUUUUUCUUUUUUCUUUUUUCUUUUUUUCUUUUUGGGGUUUUCUCAGAGUCUUAAGCUAAAUCAGAGCCGUCGAUCACUACUAUGUAAAGAUGCGUCUAAUAUCUGUUUGGUUUUGUGAUUAAGUACUCCUACUAGCAUAUAAUUAUAAUAAAGUCUUUUUUUUCCUUUUGUUU